CUCUCCACCUCCAACGACAUCCCGGGGACAACUAGGUGCCGAAACCGCCAUUAUGGGCAUUGUGGCUGCGUGCGAGAGGACUGUGAUCACCGUUCAGCUGUGGUUGCUGCACUUUCUGGCUAGGCUGCUGACCAUGAUAUCGCUCAAGUUCCUGUACAGCAGUCCGCUGGGCGCCCUGUUGACGGGCGCCGGGCGCAGCGGCAAGUGCCCCGAGAACGACGACCAGGUGCUGCCGGCAGAGAGAGACCCCGCGGUGGCGGGAGACCCCGCCUGGUCCACUUACGCGGCAUCCGUACCGCGCGCACAAAGCUACAAGGGCGUCCUGCUGCAAGGCUACCUGCUCCACCCGCACGUCAUCCGGGGGCUGGCCGACUUCAAGAUACGAAACGACGACGUCUUCAUCGUCACCUACCCAAAGUCCGGCACGACGUGGAUGGAGGAGAUCGUGUCCCUCAUCAUGAACGGUGGCGACCCUGACCGGGUGAAGAACAAGCUGCUCGUGUACCGGGUGCAGCACCUGGAGGUUGGACCCCCCGUGGGACACCUGUGGCACCUGCGCAAGACGCGCUCGCCACGCCUGCUCGCCACGCACCUGCCACUCAAACUCAUACCAAAGCAGCUGCAGCAAGCCAAGUGCAAGAUCAUCUACGUGGUUCGGAAUCCCAAGGACAACGCGGUGUCCUACUAUCACCACCACAAGAUGAGCACGUUCCUCGGCAACUUUAAGGGUUCCUGGGACGAGUUCCUCAACCACUACAUGUCCGGACACGUUGUGUAUGGUUCGUGGUUCGACCACGUGCUUCCAUACUGGAAGUUCCACCUGGAGCGGCCCGACCGCGUCAUGUUCGUGUCGUUCGAGGAGCUCAAGAUCGAGCUGGGUUCCAUGGUGCAGCGCAUCAGCCAGUUUCUGGGCAGGCCCCUGGGGCCCGACGCGCUGGCCGCCGUGGUCAACCACUGUUCCUUCGACCAGAUGAAGAACAACAACAUGGUCAACCGCGAGGUUCUGCCCAUCUCGGACCUCUUCGACAUGACGCAGUCCAAGUUCAUGCGGAAAGGCAUCAUCGGUGAUUGGAAGAACUACUUCACCCCCGAGCAGUCCCAAUCGUUCGACCAACAGUACGCUGAACGCAUGGCGGACAGCGGCCUGGACUUGGUGUUCGAGCCUCAGGACGCCUUGGACCGUAUGCGCAAGUUCGGCCGCAUCAUCGUCGAUCCCGAGCCGAAGAUGAACUGGGUCCGCAGGGACGGCACCGACUCCAACGCCAACAACGAGGAGGACAAGGAGGCGGACAGUUCGGGCAAGCGACCCUUCCCCUGCUUCUUCGACUCGCCGCCACUGCCGCGUCGCCGCGAGGCGGCGCUUCACCACCCUUUCAUGACGCCCGACCCGCUGACGCUCACCGGCUAGGCGGAGACGACGCCCGCAUCUGCGCUUCUUUUCGGCGGGAACAAGAAACUUUUAGGCCUAGCGGCAGUGAGUGGCAGUGCUGCGGACGAGUGCCUUUUCGCUAAUGCUGAAACAUGUGGCAGCGAGUGCGUGCAGCGCCUUAGUCGUACCACUGAGUGCCGUUAGGCUUAACAAGAGCGGAGUGCAGUGUUUAUUUUAACAUUUUUUUUUGUCCCGUUCGUGCGAGCGACUGCCGACGCGGCCGGUGAUACUGUACCUGCGGCGUUGUUCAUCGUCGUUGCAUUCACGUGCAGUCGUAGGCCUCUCGCUUCACACCGACGUGCGUCGCGGGUGCGCUGCGUUUAGGCCUAACACUUAGGCCUAACAGCGACGUGCUGCGGCAACAACGUGUUUCUCCUGUCGUCACCGGUCGAACGGGGAGCGUCGAAAGCAAGUCGUCCUGUCUAGUGGCCUCAGACCUGCAUCGUUAAGCCUAACGAACGGUGUACCUCGUGCGAGUCUGGAAGCUUGCAAUGCUUUGUGAUGAAAACCCCCCCAAAGUUUGGAACUGUUUGUCCAAACUUUCACGAAAGCACGAAGACUAGCCGUUGUUGAGUUGGCUUUUCCACCUGUCUAUCACUGCACAUGACAUUUACAGGUCAGAUUUUUUUUUUCGCUUCCCACGAACCAGAAGGCAUCUAGGCCCCACAGCACGAUUGCAGGCACAGCUUUCAGUCCAUCUUGUAUACAAACGAGCUGCUUAAAGCGAAUGCUGUUACCUUACACAGAAUGUCGCAGUGCUACUAUAGAUGUCACAAGAGCGUUUUUUACACAGAAGUGCUGGGGUUUACAGCAAUCAGUAACUAUACUGCUUCAAGAAAAGGAAAGUCGAGAGAAAUAGCCUAGUGGGGCCACUUUUACACCUUGCACAUCCGCGUAGGUAGCUGCCUCUUUUGAGGGGACAGAACGGGAGCGAAAAUGCUGGUAAAUGACGCGGGGGUUUCAUGCAAGAAAGUAAUUACACAGGGACCAAAGACAUCGCUUUUUUUUUUUACUGUACAUAAAAAGUGUGCUAGCGUGUUGCAUGGGCAAAAUGAUUCACUCCUGACCAGAACUGUGUGCUGUUGCGCUCUGCGGCUUUUGUUUGUGUGCAUCUGGUCUUGCGACUUGGGUUAUGCCUUGCCCGUGUGCCUCUCUUUUUUUUUCCUUUUUGUGG